UUGGGACAAUUCUAGGGGAAGUGGUAUUGAAUCCUGUUAUCUCCCAAUGAGUGAGAACAGAUUCAGGUUCCUUCUGAGAUGUGUGAGGUUCGACAAUGUGGAGACCAGAAAUGAAAGAAGAGAGCUUGACAAAUUGGCCCCUAUUAGGGAACUUUUUGAGAAUUUCUUAGUGAAUUUUCAAGCGAAUUUCAUUCCAAGCGAGUUCCUUACGGUUGAUGAACAACUCUUGGCUUUCAGAGGCAGAUGUGGUUUCAAACAGUUUAUACCGAGCAAGCCUGCUAAAUAUGGAAUAAAAAUGUUCGCUCUAGUUGAUGCCAAAACAUCGUAUACAAUGAAUUUGGAAACUUAUGUUGGGCUCCAGCCAGAGGGCCCUUAUAAACUGAAUAAUUCAGGUGAAGAAAUUGUUCUUCGAUUGGUACAACCAAUUGCUGGCACCAAUCGUAAUGUUACUGGAGACAAUUGGUUCAGUAGUGUACCGCUAGUAGAAAAACUCCUGAGACACCAUAAGCUAACAUAUAUCGGUACACUACGAAGAAAUAAACGAAAAAUUCCACCAGAGUUCCUACCGCACAAGAAAACAGAAGAAAAGUCCUCCAUUUUUGGUUUCAAAGAAGAAUGUACCCUCGUUUCCUACUGUCCCAAGAAAAACAACAUCACAAAAAAGAGGAGUGAUGCUUGGUUGAGGGCUUUAGGAAGGAGUCCCAUCGAAGGAUUUGUGAGUGAGAAAAAUGUAAUUUGCAGCCAACAUUUUUCUCCAGAAGAUAUAUGUAUUGAAGGUAAAAGAGUGACAUUGAGAAAGAAUGCGGUUCCCAAACUCUAUUUGCGAAAAAAUUCAGCAAGGAAGGUCACCUAUUAG